ACGCCAGGAUCAGCAUACACACAAAUCCUCCAAUAGGAGUGCAGCGUGCGUGUGCGUGAGUGCGCGCGUCCGCUUGGCAGUGUUACGCAAGCCUCUCCGUACAGAGACACAAUGUCGGACGCUGCUGCUACACGAAGCGCAGGAGAGCCAGGAUUAAACGGCUCGUGGGUGGAACUGGAGAUGAACGGCAACUCGUCAGCGUCGUCGCAGGCCGCCGUCACGGGCACGCCCGCGCUGGCUCAGGUUGUCGAAGAGGAUGACGGGAUGGUCGGAGGGCUGGAACACGUGCCUUCUUCUUCCUCCAUCCAUAACGGAGACAUGGAGAAGAUCCUGCUGGACGCACAGCACGAGUCCAGCCGCAGCAACUCCUCCUGCGACAGUCCACCACGUCCUCACAGUCCUCAGGAGGAAGGUCAGAUCAGCUUUGAGGUGGAGCGAGGAGAAAACCAGGAGUCACUGGAAAAGUUGAGGGACGAUGAGAUACUGAUGAAGGACUCGGACUGGGUGGCCGACUGGUCCAGCAGACCUGAGAACGUUCCACCGAAGGAAUUCCAUUUCCGGCACCCUCGCAGAACUGUGAUGCUCAGCAUGCGUAAAACCGGAGCCAUGAAGAAAGGAGGGAUUUUCUCUGCCGAGUUCCUCCGAGUGUUUCUCCCGUCGCUGCUGCUUUCACACUUACUGGUCCUGGGACUCGGGGUGUAUAUUGGGAAGAGGUUGACGACGCCCCCCACCAGCUCCUUUUAAGCGUCGGAUGUGAAUCUGAUCCUCGGCCGUUGCGUUUUGUAUCAUCGAGAAUGUUGCCGUUUGUACAAGAUGCCUAGCCGCUCUCUCGCCCCCAAAAUAUACCCUCACCCCCGUUCCUCCAUCUCUCCCCCCAUCUCCCGUUACAAUAGAUUUCUGCAUUACCCAUUUCUGCUUGGCCUGGAACGUGCCAUAAAAGACCAGGAGACAGAUAAAUUCCCGAUUUCUUCUCCUUUCUCUUAUGGUUUUUUUUUUUUUCUUCUGUUCUCGUGUCCUGAGUGAUCGGAGUUGUCCGUUUCUGUGUUGUGAUACAGGGCUGGAUUCUGAAACCUCUGUAAGAAACAAACGAUGCGAUCAGAGAAAUAUUUACAAUCUCUAUAAUCGUUCCUUUAGAGCUCUUUGAAGUGUUUUGGAUUUAUUUCAGCAUUUUAAUCCGUUUCUCGUGUAACAACAUUUUCCGGACUCGUUUUUUUUACAGCGCAGUGAUUAAAACAAUGCCUUUUUUUUCCCCCCUCAUUAGAAUAUGCGCAUUUAUACUUAUAUACGCUAAGCCAGUGUUUAUGCCAAGUUAAAAUCUCUUUUAUUAUAAUGAAAUCAUCAAAACAACAACAAAAAAAAACUCACGGAAACAUUUUACCUGUCGAGUAUUUUCUAAGGAUGAAAUACAGAGCAAUACUCCAGCAAUAUUAAACCGGACCAACAGGGGGCGCCACAGUGCCGCUGUAAACGCUGUCCGAAUGAAACUUUAAAUAAAUAUGAAGCAAUUUUUUUUUUACCCAGAGGAAACACUGUAUUUUAUUUGUUAGACCCAGAGUUGUCCAGCGUAGGCGAGACCUGUUACAUGUGAAGUGUGAAAACCUUAUUGUGUUAUUGAUGUAUUUAAUUCUGUCUGACAGCAGAUUGUGUGGCAGGAAACGUGUGGAAAAUGAGUGACAUUUGUCUCGUCUCCUGUCUGUUUGUGUUUGUUUGUUUGGUUUAUUUUCCUCCUCUGAAAAUAUUGCGAUUUGGCCAAAAAAAAAACAAAAAAAACAAAAAACAAAUAGAAGAAGCAAUUAAACAAAAUUUCAUUAAUCAGUUCUUCUGCAUUAAUUAUUAUUAUUAUUAUUAUUAUUAUUAUUAUUAUUAUUAUUAUUAUUAUUAUUAUUAUUAAUAUUAUUAUUAUUCCAGUAUAUGUAUUUAAUCCUCAGCCAUCAGGCUUCCUCUUAGAAAUCAGAGAGAAAUGUCCAGAUCAGGAAUUCUUGAAUUUUCUUUUAUAUAUCUAUCUAUAUAUAUAAAAAAUAACAGAUUUUGACAUUAAACAUAGAGUAAAAUUUUACACUUCAUUUUCUGAUCUUCAGCCCAUCAUCUUCAUCUCAUUUUUAAUUACCUUACGAUCCGAUCGAACGUUAUUUCCAGAUCAUUAACUUUUAAAAUUGUGGGUUGUGAUGAUUGAUAAAAUAAAAAAAUACAAAUACAGAA